AUGUGUGUCUGCCAUAUAACGCGCUGGCUUGUUGUCAUCUGGCUCAUCGUGUCCCUGGUCCAUCUGCAGGCCAAUGCUCUCCUCCAGUACUCCGCUGCUGAACUUUUAAAACUUCGGCACCACGUCCCCGCUCCUCUUCAGCCACCGGAGCGCGGACAUGACAUCCCCCCGGGCAUCGCCUUCCAGCCCCGGCGGCGGUACGUUCACCGUGGAUCACGCCACGCCUCUGAGUCACAGACGGCUCAUGUUUGGAUUCUCGUCACUCGAACCAUAUGGACAGCCGUAGAAGGGACACUCAGUUUCAAGUUCUUCAGACCAGGAAACAGAAGAUGA